CUGUGAGUGGGUAAUAAUUACUCUCAAUUUCCCUUGUACCUCCCUUUAUUGCUCGUUAGAUCUUUUACACCACUCUCCUCACUUUUGGGUCUAUUUGCUCGCUGUUCGAACCUGAUUCUCUGAACACGAGGAGGCAGAGGCACCAAUUGCAAUUUUACUUUCUUUUUAUUUUAUUUUCCAUACUGUGUGUAGUAACCGUACAAUCUCAUUCUCAAAUCUCACUCGCUUUUUGUCUCUCUAAACACUCAAACACUGCUUCACUUCCACUUCAACUUCAUCUUCACAGGAGAGAAACAAACCAACACGUUGAAGUGAAGCUUCUCUUAUUGUUAUUGUUAUUUUGACUUUAUUUGUUAUGAGUUAGUAGAAGAGAGAAAUGGACAAGGCUCCAACAAAAGUGAGGCGUGGAAGCAGUGCGUUCUCAAACGCCAACAAGCGACGACACAAACACAAACUCUUCGGUGUUUUGAGCCGUGGGGACCUUCGAUUCUCGAAGAAGGAAAAGGUGAGAAGCUUGAGUGCGGUCGGAACGCCGUCGUCGACCUUCCAAAUGGCUUGUAUUAAUGUCUCUGAACAGCAAACACAUGAACCUUCUUCGACCGUCAUCGCCACCACCAACAGAUUCAAGCUUCAUAAGAAUUUUUUGAAUAACUGCAACGGUGCCUCUGUUCCACGGAAGCUACGUUCAGUGACGAAAAAACGGGGUCGCGAAUCCAUGUUACUUGAUUCAGAAAAGUUGAAGCAUACGAUGCAUGGAAUAGAAUCUCUCAAAAAGGAAAGUCUAAAGAAGUCCAAAGUGAGUGUUAAACAAGGAAUGUGGCGUGACUGUUCCCCUAGAGAAGGAGCUUCUGGGCCCAUCACAAAAGAUGAGCAAGAGGUUGCGGAGACUCUCUAUGCCUUGGCUGGAAUGUUCCCUCACAAUGCCUCCAAUCAUAAUAGUACGGAUUUAGAUGGCAAAUUUUUGCCAGAUAAUUCAUCAGUUUUGCAAGACUUGGAGGAUAAUGCGAGUGCUGCUGCUCUUCAAGAUUCUAUUCUAGCCUCAGCAACUGCUCCUGUUGCAAGUCCUAGUUAUCAUGAAAGUUCAGCUGGAGAAGCUUCAAAAAUCAGUUGGUUGAAUGAAGCUGUUGGUCAAAAACAACCUGAUUUGCCUGAGAGUGCAACGCUCUUGAUGCCAUCUCAUAGCACUUCUCUAACAAUAAAUCUUCAGACCAUGCCUGUGGCGGCUAAGCGUGAAAAUAGCAACAAAGUUGCAUUGCAUGACUCUGAGUUAUGUCUAGCAAUGGGAUUAAAUAUGCCCAAACUAUCACGGAUUUCUCAAGUUGAGAGGAAAACAGAUGUGGCGUUUGAGGCGGUAAGAGACGUUGAUUGUAAGCAACAACAGCAUUUGAUCAAGGAACAAAAAGGAAAUGGCCUUGCAUUAUGGCCAGGCUUGUCUCCAGUGGCACCAGCAGGCCAGGCUUAUCUGCAGUCUUCUGCUACUAAGGCUCCUGAUUGGCUGGAAGCUGCAAUCCGUGCCUCGAAAAUGGAUUCAAUGGAAACUUCAACUUGUUCUUCUAGGGGGAGUAUCUUUAUUCCUAAAAGAUCAUGGAAGAAGUGUGCAGCUCAUGUUCACAUCAGUCAUAUAAUCAAGAGUCUAGAGGUGCCAAAAACACAGGUUUUCAAAGAAACUGAGUUUUUUGAAUGUCAUCAAAUGAGAGAACAUGAAGGACCAAAGCGUGGAGUUCUUUUAAAAGUACACAGCUCAAACGAAAUGAAAAAUGGAAUCACUUCUACUGUGAGGAAUCCACAUGAAAGUAAGAAUAUUAUUCUUCGGCAGCAAUGCCAUUAUCGAAACAUAUCACAGGCUGCUCCAACACCUGUGGUACAGUAUGGCCAUCAAAAGCAGCAAAAUUUCAACUUCUUGUCCUUGUCAGCAGGAAGUAAUGGGUUAAAGCUCGAAAAUAAUUAUAAUAAAAUAGGAAGUAUGUUGGAACCAUUAUCAAAAUUGCAAGUGCCUUAUUUACAGUCACUAGCACCUCUGCAUGGGGGCAUACCAAUUCCUGCUGUUCAGAGACAGUAUGCCUCAACUUCUUACCUUGAUCAGCUUUCUGUUGCAGGACCAGAGGUUCGGUUGCAGCAACCUCGUUAUUUUGGUAACCCGUUAUACGGAACUCAUUAUGGUUCAACAGUCUCACAUAAACAACAAGAGCACCAAAGCUUCUGGGGGGUGCAACAAGCAGAACAAGGUAGGUCUACAGUAAAUUUCAAUAUUUUGAGGACUCAAUAUCCUAAUUGGCAAAGUGGAAGGCAUGACUCUUCUGCAUUGAGUCCAUGUGCCCAAGCCAUCCUUCCUUGUUCCCCUGCAUCACAAGAAAUAUUUGGAUCCAAGAUCACUUCAAUCUCUGGGCAACAGAAGCAGCUACUUGCCCCCUUCCAAGACAAAUGGACUAGACCUUCGUCAUCUCCCUUCAUUAUGUGAAGAAAUUAGAGUCACUGCAUAUGCGAUUGUAAAGUGAUGAGCAACCUGAAAACGAUUCAGUUAUUUUAUACUUCUACACAUCCAGCUUUUAGGGUAUGUUUGUUUUCGAGGAAAGAAAUAAUAUACAAGAGGAAUUUUAUACUUUAUUUUGUGGGAUCCACACUUCUUACAUUCUACUUUAAAUAAAUAAAUCUUCUAUUUCUCUUUUCUUUA